AUUUUUGUUAUUUGAUUAGGACUUGCUAGUCGCCGCGCAAUCUCUAGUUCCCUCACCGUCGCCGUCUCCAUUGAGCCUCAACCAUGGCCGACGAUAGAGCCAUAAGCCUCGAGGAGAUCAAGACACAAUCAGUAGAUUUGGAACGGAUGCCUGUAGAGGAAGUGUUGGAGCAGCUGAAAUGUACCAGGGCUGGACUGACUUCCGACGAAGGAGCCCGUCGACUCCAAGUUUUUGGACCAAACAAACUAGAAGAGAAAAAGGAGAGCAAGAUUCUCAAGCUUUUGGGUCUUAUGUGGAACCCUUUGUCAUGGGUCAUGGAAGCUGCUGCUAUCAUGGCUAUUGUCAUGGCAAAUGGGGGUGGGAGACCUCCAAACUGGCAGGAAUUUGUUGGUAUCGUUGUGCUGUUGCUGAUCAACUCUACCAUUAGUUUUAUUGAAGAAAAUAAAGCUGGAAAUGCUGCAGCAGCCCUCAUGGCUGAUCUUGCUCCCAAAACUAAGGUUUUAAGAGAUGGUCAAUGGAAUGAACAAGAUGCUGCAAUUCUCGUUCCAGGGGACAUAAUCACCAUUAAAUUGGGAGACAUAAUUCCUGCAGAUGCUCGUCUUCUUGAGGGUGAUCCUUUAAAGAUUGAUCAAUCUGCUCUCACUGGAGAAUCUCUUCCUGUCACUAAAAGCCCCUCAGAUGAAGUGUUUUCUGGUUCCAUAUGCAAACAGGGUGAAAUAGAAGCAGUUGUUAUUGCAACUGGUGUGCACUCGUUUUUGGGUAAAGCUGAGCAUUUGGUAGACAGCACCAAUCAAGUUGGGCAUUUUCAGAAGGUUCUCACAGCCAUUGGCAAUUUCUGCAUUUGUUUGAUUUUUAUUGGAUUAUUCAUUGAGGCAGUUGUCAUGUACGGGCUCCAGCACCGCAACUAUAGGGAUGGAAUUGACAAUUUACUAGUUCUCUUGAUUGGAGGAACCCCGACUGCCAUGCCAACAGUGUUAUCUGCCACCAUGUCCAUUGGUUCUCAGAGGCUCUCUCAGCAGGGUGCUAUUACCAAGAGAAGGACAGCCAUUGAGGAAAUGGCACGCAUGGAUGUUCUCUGCAGUGACAAGACAGGGACUCUGACCCUGAACAAGUUGACUGUUGAAAGAAACAUGAUUGAAGUGUUUGUAGAGGGGAUAGAGAUGGACCAAGUUAUCCUUCAUGCAGCUAGAGCUUCAAGAACUGAAAAUCAGGAUGCUAUUGAUGCGGCUAUUGUUGGAAUGCUUGCAGAUCCCAAAGAGGCACGAGCUGGUAUUAGGGAGGUUCAUUUCUAUUAUGGAAACACAUCCUGUGUAUUGUGUAUGUUGCUGUUUUUACAAGUUCUUUCCAUAUGUGUGAGGGCAACAUCUCACUUGUAUAUAUACAAAAGAACUGCUCUUACCUACAUUGAUUCUAAUGGAAACUGGCAUCGGGCUAGCAAAGGUGCCCCCGAGCAGAUAUUGGACCUCUGCAACUCCAAGAGAGAUGUUCGGAGAAAGGUUCAUGCAGUAGUUGACCAGUUUGCUGAACGUGUACUUCAAUCGUUAGCAGUGGCAAUACAGGAACUACCUGAGAAGACAAAAGAUAGUUCAGGGGAACCGUGGCAGCUUAUUGGUUUGUUGCCUCUAUUUGAUCCUCCGAGGCAUGACAGUGCUGAAACCAUUAGAAUGGCUCAAGACCUUGGCGUGAAUGUUAAGAUGAUUACAGGUGAUCAGCUUGCCAUCGCCAAAGAAACUGGGAGGAGGCUUGGAAUGGGAACGGACAUGUACUCUUCUUCCUCCUUGUUUUUUGAAGAUAAGGAUGCUUUACUUGCUGCUUUUUUCACCAAAAAUGAGUUCAUUGAGAUGGCCGCUGGAUUUGCUGGAGUAUUACCAGAACACAAAUAUGAAAUUGUUAAGAGGCUGCAAGAGAGGAAACAUAUCUGUGGUAUGACUGGAGAUAAUGAUGCACCUGCUUUGAAGAAGGCUGAUAUUGGAAUUGCUGUUGCCAAUGCUUCAGAUGCUGCUAGAAGCGCAUCAGAUAUUGUCCUUACUGAACCAGGGCUUAGUGUCAUUAUAAGCGCGUUUACCUUUGUUGGCAUUCUCUUGUUCAUUGUUUCAUGGAGCAAAUUGAAAUGUAGUAACCACAGAUCUUUCCUUUUAAAUUUGCAAAUCUAUGCUGUUUCUGCUACCAUCCAUAUUGUGUUUAGUUUCCUGAUUAUUGCCUUGGUGUGGAAGUUUGACUUUGCUCCUUUUAUGGUCUUAAUUAUUGCCAUCCUAAAUGACGGGACAAUCAUGACAAUACCAAGAGAUAGAGUGAAGCUAUCUCCACAGCCUGAAAGCUGGAAGCUGAGAGAGAUUUUCACUACUGGCAUUGUACUUGGAGGAUACUUGGCAGUCAUGACUGUAUUAUUUUUCUGGGCUAUGAGAAACACCAACUUCUUCUUAGACAUAUUUUAUGUAAUUCCCCUGAACCCCUGGCAUAGUCCUUAUACUGACCAGAAAAUUAUGGCAGCUUUAUACCUUCAAGUGAGUAUUGUGAGCCAGGGCCUUAUUUUUGUGACACGAUCCCCAAGCUUUUCCUACGUUGAACGCCCCGGACUUCUGUUAGUCAUUGCUUUCAUAGUUGCUCAGCUGGUAGCAACACUGAUUGCAGUCUAUGCAAAUUGGGAUUUUGCUAAAAUAAAAGGUAUUGGCUGGACAUGGGCUGGAGUGAUCUGGCUUUAUAGUCUUGUGACUUAUAUCCUUCUCGAUCUUCUCAAGUUUGCCAUUCAGUAUCUCCUUGGUAGUAAUGUGAGGGAUACACUUUUACAGGACAAGACCACCUUCACUACAAAAAACCAUUUCAGUGAAGAGGACAGUUAUAGGGAACUCUCAGAGAUUGCAGGGGAGGCUAAACACCAGGCUGAGGUUAUCAGGCCAAGGAGGCUUACACUUAAGGGGCAUGUUGAAUCAGAUGUUAAGCUGAAGGGACUUGACAUUGGUACGGCAGCCUUUGAUGCAUCCACAAGGGAGAAUUUUCUGCAUGAGUGGAACAAGGAGAAGCCGGUGAGAUACACUGCUCAGCAGCUGGAUGACUUUACAAGAAAUUACUCGAAAAGGUUGGGGUCUGGAGCAUGUGGGGAUGUUUAUGAAGGGCAGUUUCCAAAUGGAGUUAAGAUUGCAGUGAAGUUGCUCAAGGAAAAAUAUGAGGGAGCAGCAAAAAAGCAGUUCAUGGCAGAGAUUGGCACAAUUGGAAGAACAAACCACAUUAAUUUGGUUAGACUUUAUGGUUUUUGCUAUGAUGGAAAUACAAGUGCGCUUGUAUAUGAAUUCAUGGAAAAUGGAUCGCUUGAUAAUUACUUGUUUGGGAAGAAAGAGAUGAUUGAGUGGCAAAAAUUACAUAUAAUAGCGGUGGGGACAGCCAAAGGAGUUGCUUACUUGCAUCAAGACUGUCAACAGCGAAUUAUUCACUAUGAUAUCAAGCCAGCCAAUAUUCUACUUGAUGCAAACUUCCUCCCUAAAGUUGCAGAUUUUGGGCUUGCAAAGCUUUGCAACAGGGACAGUACUCAUGAUUCAGUUACCGGAUUCAAGGGAACCCUCGGUUACUCUGCCCCCGAGCUUUUUCUGAGAAAUCAUCCCAAAACUUACAAAUGUGAUGUGUAUAGUUUUGGAAUGUUGUUGUUUGAGAUAGUUGGGAGGAGGAAAAACACAGUUAGUACUUCCUCUGAAAUCGUUGAUUGGUUUCCAAAGGUUGUGUUGGACAAGUACCAGAAGGGUGAAUUGGCUGAACUAAUAAAAAGUUAUGGGAUUAAAAAGGAGGACAUGGAAAAGGCAGAGAGAAUGUCAUUAGUGGCAUUGUGGUGUGUUCAAGAUUCGCUAGGAGCUAGGCCACCAAUGAGUGCCGUGGUAAAGAUGCUGGAAGGAGGAGUGGAGAUCAUGCCACCUCCUAAACCCACUCAUUUACUGUUCUCAUCGUUAGGGAAAACUGCAGUCAAGCCACCAAAUGCUGCCACUGAUUCGAGUUUCUCCUCGAGUGAAGAAUCCAAUUCUAAUUGGUAUAAAGAGACCACUGCAAUCAUGGCCAAGUAUGAAAUAGAAGUGGCCAGCAGUUAACAAGACUAAAGUCCAGUUUCCAGAAAGUGUGUUUUGUCUUGACUUUUGUUAUUAUAAAGUUUUUCGUCUUCU